AUGAGCAAUGAAUUACGUCAACGUCAGCCUAACUACGAUCAGUUCGCAUUUUCGAAACCUGACACAGUACUGCCAGCGAAUUUUGAUGAUGACAAGCCUGUAAAGGACAAAUUUAAAGAUUUUGCCGAUAAAACUACAGCACAUGGAGCGAAACGAAUACUUAUUGCUCAAAACGACAUCGGUCGACUAUUUUGGAUGAGUCUGAUGGCAUUCUUUCUCACACUGUUUCUCUAUCAAGCUGGAACACUUAUCAUGAAAUAUAAAAAACACGACAAAAUUACGAGCAUAUCGAUAAAGUUCGAUCACUUGGAAUUUCCCGCUAUUACGUUCUGUAAUCUUAAUCCAUACAAAAAAAGCUUGGUGGGCUUGGUGCCGUCAAUUCGUGAUACGAUGGAUGUGUAUGACAACGCAAAAACCGAUAGUAAAGCGGGUAAACCGAAGAAGCCAAAAUUCCGACGAAAGCAGUACUCUUCAGAUUCUGCGAAGAGGGUAAGUGCACGACUAGAGGGAAACCAAAAGGUACUCCAUUUAUUCGAAAAGGAAAUCGCGCAAGAACAAGAAGAAUUACGAAAUGAGCGAGAAGCACGAGGAGCGAUUCGGCGAAUUAUGAAAAGAGAUUGUGGGAUGGUCUCGAAAGCGACAGAUCUUUUAAAAAAACAGAUUUUCCAAACAGUGCAAUUUUAUGGAUGGAAACGAGUUCAGACAACGUUCAAUCCACGUUAUGAAGCCGUCGAAGCACAUUGUCGAUGUGUUGGGAAUAUCGAUAUGGAAUGUAUUCGAUUUGAGACACCACCAAAAGAUGAAGUGAGUUUUUCGGAAUCUUCGAAAUCCAUGGCUAAAUGUGUAUGUACCUUUGAUCGAGAGAUGAUGGUUGCUUGGCCGUGUUUCAAUGCCAGCGUAUGGUUUGAUCAUACUUGCCCAUCCUGCAAAGAGGAUGGCUAUUGUGAAUACGCGUUAAAGGAAAGUGAAGUCAUAUCAGGGGAGCUCCUUGGGUGGUCCUGCAAAUGUCGUAAUCGAACUCAAUCUUCAGAUUCACUUGUACAGGGAAUGACUGAUGGUGUAGCAAUGCUGACGAAGGCCAAGGAAAAUCUGAUGUUCACGAUGUCGGCAUUAUCAUCGGAACAACGUGUUGCUCUUUCGCAAAACAAACACGAGUUCAUUGAAAUGUGCUCAUUUAAUGGACACGAGUGUAAUGUUGACGAGGACUUUCGUAUCCAUGUCGAUCCGGAGUUUGGCAACUGUUUCACCUUCAAUCAUGACGUGAAUAAUAACUAUACAAGUAGUCGAGCUGGACCGAUGUAUGGUAUUCGUGUACUACUGUUUGUUAACACGUCUGACUAUAUGACAACGUCAGAAUCCACAGGUGUACGACUUGCCAUCCACGCUCCUACGGAAUAUCCAUUUCCGGAUACAUUUGGAUAUUCUGCCCCAGUUGGCUUUGCUAGCAGUUUUGGUAUGAAGAAAAAACUAAUCCAGCGUUUAUCGAAGCCUUAUGGAGAUUGCAUUCAUUCAGAGACUUAUAAUAAAAGUGACUACAUCUAUCAACAAUACGACUACCACCCAGAGGUAUGCCGAACUGAUUUUCAUUUCAGAUAA